AUGACUUCCGGAAAGUUAAUUUCUCGCCUUCAUCUCUUGAUCGAUCGCUGUAUCCACCGCCGCCACGCUGAAGGAGAAGCCAAUUCGUCGACGGAGCCAAUAGAGAAAGAUCUACUUAUCUCUCUAUCACAGGUGCUGAGAGAGAUUCAAUCUUGGAUUAGUGAAAUUAACAUUGAUGAUUAUGCUCCGGAUCAACUAGAGGAAACUGCUUCUCCAGAAUCUAAUGAUCAUAUACUCUUAGAAAGACUUCUCGCCGAUCUCGUUGGUUUGUUAGGUGUGAAGAAUGUGCAUGUUCAGCAUUUAGCUGGCAACAUUCUUGUGGAAGUAUCAGAGUCUCUGGUUGAAUCUGGAAGUCAAUGGGAUGAUUUCAUUCGCUUGCUUUGUGACUGUUUGUACUUAUCAGUUAUCUACAGUUGCAUUGUUUCAUCUCCAACGGGAUUUGAGGAUUCAAGUAUAGAUUAUAUUGGUUCUGAUGUUCUUAAAGAUGAGAUGGAGAAGGCUAACGGGUGCACGGUGUCUGGUAUCUUUCGAGUUCUUCGUAAUGUAUUAAAGCGUUUGGGGCAAGAAGAAAAUGAUGAACUUAUUGAUGUAUACUUGGAAUCUGUCAACUUGACACUUGCGAAGAUCCCUUGGUGCCGAGUGGACACUCAUUUAGGAAGCAUUGGAAACAGUGAAGAAGGAACUGUAUUUCUUGGGAGCUUUGUUCAGUUUCUCUCAACCGUGGUUCAGAAGGUUCCCUUUGCAGAAGAUUCUGAUGCUUUUGAAACUACACAUUUGAUACUCCAAAAAAUCAUCGAGCUUGUUCCGGAUCUCCUCCGUUGGUGCCAACCGAAGUUAGAAAGUCAAAGUGGCUCUUCCAUGUCAAGAUACCUUGUGCACAAGUUGCUGGUGUUGAUGAUCAGACUUACUUAUCAGUCCAAUAUUAAAUGUACCAUCCUUCUUUCAUGGCUGCAAUAUUUGCAACGGCAUUUUCAGGUCUUUCUCCAACACACCCUAACUGGGAAUAAACCCGUCCAAGAUAAUUGUUUGGAAGGAUCUCCAUUUUUUGUGAGUUUAUCUGAUAGGGAUGUCAAGGAGACGCAUUCUAAUCAUCUGCAAAGACUAUCUGUGUUUCUGUUCCUACGGUGCUCCCUCACUCUAUUUUAUUCAAGUAGACAUACCGACAAGGACUGUGAGUUUGAAUGCAGAAAGAAAGGGAUGGAAGGGAUGUUAAAAUGGAUUGAACAACAGGUUCCAGGUUAUACAAUUUCAGAUCACGGCACUUAUAGCAAGAAGAGUGUUGACUUUUCUACAUCCUUCAUCCAGCUGUUCAUGCAUGAGGAUGACUUAUUAUUUAAAGUUCUCCUGCAAUUGCUUUCUGUGCCAUUUGAUGGAAAGGAAUUGCUUAACGGGGAAGGGCGUCAAGAUAAGGAGAUUUACGUCCGUUUAUCGACAUUGUUCAAUCCUGUGGUCCUCUUCUGUAUAUUUCAAUCAGAGCUGCAUUAUGAUCAUCAAGUACUUCUUGAUUACCUUAUAUCUAAAGACAUCGGGGCUAGCUGCGCAGAAUACCUGCUGAGAUGCUUGCGCACAGUCUGUGACUCGUGGACCCUGUUUGUGGAAUUCCCAUUUGAAGAAAAUGUAAAUGAUUCAUCUUCGAAGAGAAGGAGAUUUCUGGUUGAGACGUCUGAGGUUGAACAGAACCGGAAACUACAUCCCCACGCUUUCGAAAACGCCAAAGACUGUCUGCUUUCUUUACAAAACUCAGUUGUGAGGCUACAUCAGAAGAAACUAUUUCCAUACAACCCAGAAGCUCUUCUUCGACGUUUGUCAAGGUUUCAAGAGCUCUGUCAACUCCACGAGUAAUAAAUAUUAUCUGAACCAAAGCUGGGAUUCUCUGAGACAGAAGGAUCAGAUGCCAACACAAAGAAGUGUCCUUUCCAGAUGAAAUUUCAAAGUAAUUGGCUCACAUGUAGACUUGUUUACAGGGACGAUCCUACAUUCUUGGUUGGUGCAAGGAUACUUUGGUCAAGCUAGUGUGAAACUUCCCCACCCAAAUACAGUAAGAAUGUAAAAUGAAGCGUGAGGGAUACACACUCCAGAGCUAACUUUAGUUUUACAUUUCAGUUGUUUUUCGCUGCUAUUUCCUUUAAGAUCUGAGAAACAACAGACCUAUCUUUAAAGGAAGAUAAGAGUGAUGGAUCCGAACCAAAGACUGUAUGUCCCACCUGUGAAGUUCAAGCAAAAAUCCUGAGAUCAAAUUCGUCCUCAAGUGAUGCGUCUUAGGCAACAAACAAGAACCG